AUGGGAAAAUUGGAUAUUCAACAGACUGUCCCCACCGGAUAUAGCCAAGGGUACUGUGCCGAUGUGGACACCAUUCGAGAGAAAGAAUAUCCUUUACUCAAUGGUAAGGUUAAUCAAUCACCAACUCAACAUCAUCAUGCCAAACUGACUUCUUACUUUCAAUACUGUAUAGAAACAACCUACCUUGACCAUGCAGGGACAACGCCCUAUGCCCAAUCUAUGAUUGAGAAUUUCUCGCGUGAUCUUGCAUCCAAUUUAUUUGGAAAUCCUCAUUCUAUGUCUCUAUCUUCCCAACUCUCUACACAGAGGACAGAUGAUGUCCGAGUCCGUAUAUUGAAAUUCUUCAAUGCGGAUCCAAAUGAGUUCGACCUCGUCUUUGUGGCAAACGCAACUGCCGGCAUCAAGCUGGUUGCAGACUCGCUGCGAGACUCAGACCACCGAGGCUUUUGGUAUGGUUAUCACAUCGAUGCCCAUACCAGCCUAGUGGGCGUGCGAGAGCUGGCUGAAAUGGGCUAUCAAUGUUUUCAAAGCGAUGAUGAGAUGGAGGCCGGGAUCUCAGAGCUGGUUGGUUUCCAGUCAAAAGCACCCAGACUGAUUGCAUACCCAGCACAAUCAAACAUGAACGGCCGACGUUUGCCAAUUCGCUGGUGUGAGCAGAUUCGAUCGGCGGCUACAGAAAGUGGCGGAAACAUCUAUACCUUGCUGGAUGCUGCAUCCCUUGUGGCAACUGCUCCACUUGACCUAGGCCCAUCGUCGUCCGCGCCAGAUUUCACUGUCCUGAGUUUCUAUAAAAUCUUCGGAUUUCCCGAUCUGGGAGCAUUGAUUGUUCGAAAGAGUGCUGCGCGGGCAUUUGAGAGACGCAGGUAUUUUGGAGGAGGCACUGUUGACAUGGUCAUUGCCUCUGGGGCACAAUGGCACGCGAAGAAAGAGACUUCUAUACACGAACGGCUAGAAGAUGGUACACUUCCAUUCCAUAGCAUCAUUGCCUUGGAUGCGGCCUUGGACACACAUCAACGACUAUACGGUUCGAUGGCAAACAUUUCGGCUCACACUGGCUUUCUUGCCAAGCAGUUCUAUGAUAGACUUUCCUCAUUGGCACAUUUCAAUGAAACCAAAGUUUGUCAGAUUUAUCAGUCACCCGCUUCGGCAUAUGGAAAUCCACAAACGCAAGGUCCGAUCAUCGCGUUCAAUCUGUGCAACAGCCGUGGUGAAUGGGUCCCAAAGACAGAAGUCGAGAAAUUAGCUACUGUUCAAAACCUUCAGAUCCGUACAGGGUCAGUAUGCAAUCCCGGCGGAACCGCUUCUUCUCUUGGCUGGACUGGACCGGAGCUUCGUCGUCAUUACUCGACUGGUUUGCGCUGUGGUGAUAGUCAUGACGUCCUAGGAGGGCGACCGACUGGUAUUCUGCGUGUUAGUCUGGGUGCAAUGACGAAUACGAAAGACAUCGAUUCUCUCAUCAACUUCGUUGAGGAAUUUUAUGUUGAGAAAAUUCCUCCCAUUGUUUGUCUCGAUCACUUCAGAGAAGACAAUGAAGUUGUUGCACCUCAUUUCUAUGUCGAAAGCUUGGCGGUGUUUCCAAUCAAGAGUUGCGGCGCUUUCAAAAUCCCCGAGGGCAAGCGCUGGGAAGUCAGAAGAGAAGGGCUUGCGUGGGACAGAGAGUGGUGCCUGAUUCAUCAAGGGACCGGCACAGCUUUGAAUCAAAAGAGGUACCCUCGAAUGUGUCUUAUACGACCCUCGAUCGAAAUUGACAAGGGAGUUCUUCGAAUCACCUGUGGUGCGAUAGCGGCAUCAGAUCAAGUCAGCCUCGAGAUUUCGCUUGGCUGGGAAGACACGAGCCUCAUAUCCACUUCAUUUUGUCCCAGCUCAGCCAAAAGACCGACAGUGGUGUGUGGUGACCCAGUAGCUUUACAUGCGUAUACAUCACCGGUGGUGUCAGCGUUCUUUUCAGACUUCCUGGGAGUGCCUUGUACCCUCGCCAGGUUCCCUACCCAAUCUGCCAACCGCUUUUCACGACAGUCUCGGAUGCCCAAUACAUGGAAGAGCCGCUUCCGCAAGCUUAUCAUGCCCGGGUCGUUUCCUCCUGACUUCCCACCCCCAGUACGCGACAAUGGUCAAACGAAACUCACACUUUCCAAUGAGUCCCCGAUCCUUGUUGUGUCGCGGUCAUCGGUCAAUCGGUUGAAUGAGACAAUCAAGGCUCAUAACAAACACGGUGGCAGAAAGACAGUUGCCGCGGACGUGUUUCGGGGAAAUAUCGUCGUCGCUGAACGACUUGCUCACCGCGGUGACGUGGAGCAACCAUAUGCCGAGGACCGUUGGUCUUCUCUUCGCAUCGGGCCGGACCAGUUGCGAUUUGAUGCCCUAGACGCAUGUCAGAGGUGUCAAAUGGUCUGUAUAGACCAAUUCACUGGAGUUCGACGCGACGAGCCGUUCUCAACACUUGCUAAAACUAGAAACAUCGAUGGCAGAGUUUCUUUUGGCAGAUAUGCUGCGCUUUCCCCCGGGGAAGGGCAAUGGUUUGAUAUUGAGGCACCUGACCGCAGGACGGUCAUGGUAGGAGAUGUGGUUGUGCCAUUAUACCGGGAGGAUUGA